AUGUCUAGGCUCAGCCGAACCUUUCUGUUGUCCCUACCUAUUUUUACACUUGCAUCACCAUCAUUGCACAAGCGUGCAUUCGGUGUCACCACAGAUGCCAGCACCACCAAUGGUCAAACUUUUGACUAUAUUAUCGUCGGAGGUGGACUUGCAGGACUCACUGUUGAAAUAUACGAUGUCACCCAGUAUGGUGCAGCAUUCGGUUCAAACAUGACGUGGACUUGGGAAACCGACUUAGGCAGAGAAAUCAUUGGCGGACGAACGCUAGGAGGGAGUAGUUCCAUCAACGGAGCUACGUGGACUCGUGACAGAGGCUUGAACUGGACCUUCGCCUCGUUAUUUGAAUAUAUGAAGUCGGAAUCGUUCGCACCUCCCUCCGAUGCUCAAAGAGCAAAAGGUGCAGACAGUGUCAAUGAGUUCCACGGCUUCGCAGGGCCUGUUCAUGCCGCUUUUCCGCAAGCCAUGUUUGGAGGUCCUCAACAGCCUGCAUUCGUCGACGCUGUGCGCAACUUGUCCGGAAUCAAGCUUUGCCCAGACGUGAAUGGCGGAAAUGCAAAUUGUGUUAGCUAUACGCCCAAUUCGAUUAAUCCGAACAAUAGCGAUCACCGCUCCUCUUCCGCCACAGCGUAUCUCUCGCCCGUUGAAAAUAAUCUCACGAACUGGAUAACUCUUACUGGUCACCAGGUAACCAACGUGAUCCUUUCCGGAGCAGCGCCAAACGUGAGCGCUACGGGCGUGCAGUUCAAGAAGUCUGAUAAUACUGGUGAUGUUUUUACAGCGAACGCACGUUCGGAAGUCAUUCUUGCAGCUGGUGCAAUUGGUACACCACAAUUACUUCAGAUCUCCGGUAUUGGCGACCCGUCCAUACUAAAUCCCCUCGGUAUCGAAGUCAAAGUGAACCUUUCAACUGUCGGCAAAAAUCUCAUGGAACGUACAAAGAGCAACCUUGGACAGUCCACUCAGUCUUCAUUCGAAAAGGACGGGGAUGGUCCAUCCGAUUGUAUCGCUUUCCCUUCGGUACAGGAACUUUUCUCCGAAAACGCCGGCUCGAAUGGGAGCAUAACAGGGAGUGAGAUCGCAAGCCAUAUCAUGGAUUCGUAUACGUCGUGGGCCGAGAGUCAGGCAGAAUAUGCGUUGAACGCAGACGCACUCAAGACAAUAUUUGGCAUACAAGCUGGAUUGAUCGUUAAUAACAGCGUGCCUGUCGCUGAGCUUUUCUUCUUCACCGGCAGCGACUCGGUCGGUAUCAGCACGUGGCAGCUCUCUCCUUUCAGCCGCGGAAGAAUCACAAUUAACGACACGAGCGUCUUUUCAAAGCCGGUUAUUAGUGUAAACUGGUUUAGCGCGGACGUUGACCUGAUCAUACAGACUGCAGCAGCCCGCUUAUCUCGCAAGGUCCUUAACUACACUUCGUUUGAUGCAAUCACAUCUGGCGAAACAAUGCCCGGGCUUGAUGUAGUAUCAGAUGACGGGAACGGUGGAACAGACGAUGCGUGGGUCUCUUGGAUUCAAGCUCCGGCGCCGGAUGGUUUCUCUGCUGUUUGGCAUGAAUGUGGUACAGCAGCGAUGAUGCGUCGUGAUUUGGGCGGGGUCGUAGAUGGGAAGUUACGCGUAUAUGAUACAAAGAACCUACGUGUUGUUGAUGCGAGCGUGCUUCCUCUUCACGUUAGCGCGCACUUGAGUAGUACGCUAUACGGGGUUGCGGAGAAGGCAGCGGAUAUCAUCAAGUCCGGCGUGUAA